AGCCACCCUGGUUCGACCCAACCGAGCUCGUUCAUCUCAAACCGACCGAGCCCAAGGGCCACCGCGUCCUCCCUGUCAACCUCUGUAGCCUCUCCACACCCGCCCUCCGCGCCUCGAUCCAGAUCCAGCCACCCCUCCACCGCCAGCCGCGCAUCUCUUCCUUCUCCCGCCGGCGCCCUCGCCCCUCCGUGCCGGCGCGUAGCGGAGAUCCGCCGUCCGGACCUGGGGCUGAUCUCGUCUUCUGCUGCUGUAGGAUUUGAUUGAAUUGGAAAUGAAAUGAAGACAGUUCUGAAACAAUUUGGCCUUUUGAUGUUGUUUGAAUUGUGAAAGAAUUGUGACAGAGGUAGCAGCAUAGUUCAGCAUUCAAACAUGGCGGCAAAGAAUAUAAAGUUGGACCACAAGGACCUGGUCCAUGAUUCUGCCAUUGACUACUAUGGCAAGCGCCUUGCCACUGCCUCCUCAGACUCCACCGUGAAGAUUGUCAGCAUUGGUGCUGCAACCGCCCCAUCCCAGAUCCUUGCAACGCUCAGUGGCCACUAUGGCCCUGUGUGGCGUGUUGCAUGGGCCCAUCCGAAGUAUGGUACUAUCCUCGCAUCCUGCAGCUACGAUGGUCGUGUAAUUAUUUGGAAGGAGGAUGCACGAGGCCAUUGGUCUCAAGCCCAUGUGUUCACUGACCACAAGUCGUCUGUCAACUCCAUUGCUUGGGCCCCAUACGAGGUAGGCCUUUGCCUUGCUUGUGCGUCUUCUGAUGGAAGGAUAUCCAUCAUUACUAUGCGAGCUGAUGGGGGUUGGGAUACUGCAACCAUUGAGCGAGCACACCCUGUUGGUGCGACUGCAGUCUCCUGGGCUCCAGCAACAGCACUUGGUUCACUGGCUGGUUCAGGGGAGCUUCUUUAUAAGCUUGUCUCUGGAGGUUUUGACUCUGUUGUUAAAGUCUGGGGAUGUGUCAAUGGCAGCUGGAAACUGGAGAGUGCUCUUAUUUCUGAGAUGCACACAGAUUGUGUCAGGGAUGUUGCAUGGGCACCAGUUCUGGGCUUGGCCAAGUCGACCAUUGCCAGUGCUUCCCAAGAUGGGAAGGUUGUCAUUUGGACCAGGGCAAAAGAUGGAGACAAGUGGGAGGGAAAGAUCAUGCGUAACUUUGGGUCCCCUGUUUGGAGGGUGUCCUGGUCAUUGACUGGAAACAUUUUGUCUGUAGCUGCCAGCGAGAACAACAUAACUCUCUGGAAGGAAGGGUCAGAUGGGCAAUGGGAAGAGGUGGUGAAGGUUGAACCCUAGGUGUUGCGGCAGUCUUGAGUUUCUUGCAGAUCCAUGUUUUGACAAAGACGAGUUGCCUUGCUGUUUUUACUAGUGCAUCGAUAAACAAUCAGUUCGCUUAUUAUUAUACUUUCACAUGAGCAAUUAUACUUUUUGGAUGGGGUGCGCUUUAGAAUGCUACUUUCUGAUUGGUGAACCAAUUUGGUUCUGUAUAUCUUCAGCUUUGUUUCUCUUUUCCCUAUGGUUGAACACCACAACUGCUACAACUCUACAAAGUCAUGUUAUGUUUUAGCAAUGCAGCAUUCCUUGACGUUCUUUA